UUCAAAAUGGAUGACACAUCACUGAAUUCGGAAAGUGUAGCUAAACUAAAAGUUACUGAUCUGAAGAAAGCUCUGAAGGAAAGGGGACUGCAUGUAGCGGGAACGAAGCCUCAACUUGUAGAACGUCUACAGCAGUUCCUCACUGGAUCAGGGGCAGCACCAGGCACACUAGGUGCAGAUUUGUCCAUUACAGAGGACAUUAAUUUGGACGACACUCUGGAUGCAAGUCUUGAGGAUGAUCUUAUAAAAGAUGACAAGAAACCUGCUAUUCAAGAAUCUGCUGAACCUCCUAUUAAAAAAAUUUGCUUUAGUGAAAGUACAUCCGUUGAGUCAGGUGCGAAAAAGGUGGUGAUUUCAGCUGUUCCAGAAUCCGAGAGACUGAAGAAACGUGCUGAAAGAUUUGGUAUGAUGUCCGAGGAUGCGAGGAAGAAAGCCAGGGCGGAGAGGUUUGGAAUACCAGCCACAACAACCACAACUAAAACAAGUACCACCAAGUUGUCUUCACCUCCAGAAAAGAGUUCAGCAGAGAUUGAGAGAUUGAAGAAGCGAGCGGAACGGUUUGGCACAACAGUCGCACCAGCCCUUUCUAAGGUUGAGGAACAAACGAAGUUAAGCAAAAGACAAGAGAGGUUUGGUGUACUAACAUCUGCAUCGGUGAACACCAUGAAGACAUCAACUGAAGAUCUAAAACAAAAACGGGCAGAACGAUUUGGGAUGGCUAAAUGAUUUGACCACUUGCUGUAUCAUGUGUAUCAUAAUGUACUCCAUCAUGUGUAUGAGUGAAGGGCAUGAAAACACUGAAAUGUUAUAUCACUGGUGUGAAGGGCAUGAAAACACUGAAAUGUUAUAGCACUGGUGUGAAGGGCAUGAAAACACUGAAAUGUUUUAUCACUGGUGUGAAGGGCAUGAAAACAUUGAAAUGUGUUAUCAUUGGAAGUGUGUUUCUGAUGUCUGAAAGGUGUAUUUCAUUUGAAUUUGAAUUUUUAGAUAUUCACUCUUUUACAUGUGAGCAACUAUCUGGUAAUAUGGUACAUCAUGGAUGUUUUUUUUGGUUUUAUCUCAGAUAUUGUGACGUGAUCUUAACAAAGUCAAUAUAUUUACCAGUGAUGAAACGUACUGUGUUUUGUAUUUAUUCUAUCUACAGAAAUAUUUAACAUUAAGGGAUUUAGGCUAGCUCUAGCACUUGCUAAAUGUGCCAGUUGCAAAUUUUAAACACAUCUGGCGAAUUUUAUUUUAAUUUCACGAAAUAAUUUCAUGCAAUCUAUUUUUCGAAAAUAAUGGUAGGUUUCUGUAGAUUUUGGAGUUUAAUAGAUAAUAUGGCAAAGUUUUCUACACAUCCAGAGCUAGCGCUGGGACUGUCCUGAGUUUGCUGUCAUUGUCACGUGUUUGUGAGCAGUAAAGUCUAGUGGUGUUAUUAAACAAAACAAACGUUUAAAGUAUCAGUACCGUUUAAAGUAUCAGUACCGGCAUCUGUAUCUGUUGUUCUGGUCUUCCUAAUGCUUUUAGUACACACACACACAUUUAUAUUAAAAAACAAAAUGAUAAAAAGGUUGUUUGUUUUGUUUAACGACACCACUAAAGUACAUUGAUUAAUCAUCAGCUAUUGGAUGUCAAACAUUUGAUAAUUC